CUCUCUUCUCGCUCUCCUCCAGUCACUCAGUCCUAAAUUGAGCUCGCUUGAGUGCUGACAGGCGAUUGGAGUAGAUAGUCCUCCUGUGCCUUUAGAUAGAUAGCUAGGUAGACAGAUAGGUGAAGACACAGAAAGGACAUUCUGGAUGGGAAUUGUCCUCAAUGUACCGUUCGUGACAUCGAGGCACUGGCGCGCGCUCUGACAAGAUUGCGUUGUAACUUAGAUUUAGCGAUAGUUACGCCUCUACCUUUAAUUGUUAAAGAGACUUCGGAAUGCGAAGAGACAUCGGGUCAGACUGGCAAAUAAUGCAAAAUGAUCAGUGCAGUAUACGAGCACGCGUAGUUCUGUCCUCGUUGUUGUAGUUGUCUUGAGCUGACAUAACGGCGUUUUGAUUCUUGCCCUUUCUGACAGUUCAGUUCUUUUGUGACUGCAGUGACUUGCUGCUUGUGGUGCUAGUGUGCAGUUACGUCGUGGCGCUUUGUCCGUGGCUACUGGCGAAAGUGCGGUGGAGAGAUACAGUUGUAUUACAUCAGUGCACCAAGUGACUGGAGUGCGACACAGUGAAGAUACAGAGCUCUGGCUGAAUGCUGCGUGUUGAGGGAGGGGUGUUAAUUAUCAUUAAGAUUUGCACUAGUCGAAGUAUUUAAGCACCAUUUAGAGUAGAGGUGCAUUCAUGGAAUGCGACUGUGGCCGCUUCCCACUGCCUAUUUAACUUUGACCAAGACAGUACAGAGGAGCAUCAGAGAAGGCUGGUAGAGGUGAUGGCAGAGACAACCCUGGAGCCACUGUCCUCUCUGGACGUAGCCAUCGAUCCAGAUUUUGAGCCACAGAAACGGCCGAGAUCAUGCACUUGGCCACUGCCAGAGUCCAGCUCAGGGAAGCCUGCAUCCAAUGACACUGACAUAAUCCCAGAGGAAGAGGAUGACGAGGAUGACAAUGCAAUGGCAAUCAAUGGCAACAGCAUGGGUGAAGGAGAGGAUAAUGGCAGCCCAAGCCUGGCUGAGGAACUGCAUGCCACUAGCGGUCAGGAGAACACAGGCUCCCCGCUUUCUUCUCACCCCACUUCUGCAUCCACGGCAAGUCUGGAGGAGAGCGGUCAGGGCAGCCAACAGCAAACUCCCCGGAAGUCAUCUUCAAGGAGGAACGCAUGGGGCAACCUGUCCUAUGCAGACCUCAUCACAAAAGCCAUUGAGAGCACCCCAGACAAGAGACUGACAUUGUCCCAGAUCUACGACUGGAUGGUCAGAAGUGUCCCAUACUUUAAAGACAAAGGCGACAGCAACAGCUCAGCUGGUUGGAAGAACUCCAUCCGGCAUAACCUGUCCUUGCAUAGCCGUUUUAUCCGUGUACAGAAUGAGGGGACUGGAAAGAGCUCGUGGUGGAUGAUCAAUCCUGAAGGGGGGCGGGGAGGUAAAGCGCCAAGGCGACGUGCAGUCUCCAUGGACAAUGGUAACAAAUACACCAAGACUGCACGUGGGCGUGCAGCCAAGAAAAAGGCAGCGCUGCAGGCUGCCCAGGAGGGUUCGCUGGAGAAUGUUUCUGCUGGUGGUCUGUCCAAGUGGCCAGGAAGUCCCACUUCCCGGAGCAGCGAUGAACUGGAAUCCUGUUGGACUGACUUCCGCUCACGAACUAACUCCAACGCUAGCACCGUGAGUGGACGCCUGUCACCUAUCCUGGCCAAUCCAGAGCUUGAUGAUGUUACAGAUGGCCCACCCCUGUCUCCAAUGCUCUACUCCAGCCCCAGCAGCCUUUCUCCCCCCUCGUCAUCCUCAUCAAACUCCAAAACGUGCCCUGCUGAACUUCCCGGGCUAGCUGACUUAACUGGCACAAUGAAUCUCAAUGAGGCUGGCAACCUAAUGGUCGAUCUGUUGGACAACAUUGCCACAAAAGUGCAAGUAGUUCAAGGGUCUUCUGCAUUAAAUUUUGGCUCCAAGAGCACCACGUCACCCACAAGCUCCUCUUCAUCCCAAACUGUGAGCAACAACACCGGAGGAUUCAGUAACACCAUUUUUGGUUCUACAGCAGGAGGCCUACGUCAGACGCCCAUGCAGACCAUCCAGGAAAACAAGCAAAUGUCAUUCUCUAGUGUUUCUUGUUUUGGGAACUCACUUCAGGAGCUGCUGAAUUCUGAUUCUCUGGUCACGCACAGUCAUAGUGACGUCAUGAUGACGCAGUCCGACCCACUCAUAUCACAGGCCAGCGCUGCUGUCACCUCUCAAAACUCCCGUCUUCGCAAUGGCCUCAUGAUGCGUAAUGACCCCAUGAUGUCAUCCUUCAGUUCUGUGCUCAAUGGGCGAAGCAGCCACCUCCAGAACAAGCAACAGGGGCCCAAUGUCCAGGGUUCUUUGCGUUCCCUCUCCAACAACAGGGCGCAGAGUCUAGCUAACGAUGCUAAUAAUUUAGUCUCCGCAAAACAGCACCUCCAGCCACAACCCUCCAUGUUGAUGACCGAGACUUUGCUUUACUCUGGCCUGAAUGGAAGUAACGGGGUGGGGAUCUAUCACCCCUCAGGAACAGAUUGUUUUCCAUCAGACUUGGACCUGGACAUGUUUAAUGGCAGUCUGGAUUGCGAUGUGGAUUCCAUAAUUCGCUCAGAACUAAUGGAUUCUGAUGGACUAGAUUUUAACUUUGAUGCACUGGUGCAAAACGCAGUUAGUCUGAAUCCUGUGGGAAACUUCACCGGGACGAAGCAAUCCAAUCAAAGUUGGGUGCCUGGCUGACGGCAGUCACUUAGCUCAGAACUGCAGAGAUAACAACAAACAACAGAAUAACAACUACAAAGAAAUAUCCUGCAAAAACGACACAAAAAAAAAAAACCCAUCCAACAGACUUGAAGUAUCCUUUGCCGAGUUUGCUGUCUGCAGCAAGCACUGGACGAUAUGCCUGUUUACAGGUCCAUUUGACUACAACAUCCUGAUGAUGUUUACCUUCUGUUCAGCAGACCGAGACUAUAACAAAAGACUGCCCAUUGGAGAAACAAACAAACAGCGAACUCACAGAUCAUUAUGCAAGAUUAUGCAAUGUUUGAAAUUAUGCUUUGUUUAGUGGUGAUGUAAUCUAAAAAGAAAUUUAAAGAGGCCUGUUGUAGCGUUUCUGUCAUAAACAUAGUUUCCUUGGCUUGGGUCUCUCUCUGCUUUCCCUAACAUUUUUGUUAAAUGAUUGGCUACUUCUGUCAUCCUCUAAGCACUAACCGUGUAGUCACUGAUCGAUAUAGAGGUGGAUACUUAACCUGAAAAAUUACAGAGCUCAGGUGGAGUAAUGUAGCUGGACACCGUGCACUUCAACCAUUGCUUUCAUUUUUAAUUCACUGUUACCAUUCAGUAGUUAGUCUACUUCCGAAUCUGAAAUAUAGUUGCCUCGUAAUUAUACUUAAGUAAUACAUUUUUGUGAUUGAAUAUAACCAUAUAAGAAGUAAUUAAUUUGUGUGUACUGUCUGUAACUGUACAAAAAAAGUGGUAAAAUUGAAAGCUUAGCAGGUGGAGGCAACUUAUUUAGCCAGCAAAGUUAUAUUUGGACUUCUCGCAUAUAAAUGUAGCCAAAUUGAAUUAAGUAAAUAUUAACUUUCUUCGUGGACUUUCCAUGCCAUACCAGGUGCUAAAUAAUCAGUGUUGAGCCCUGUCCUAUUAUUAAGGCCAUCAGUGUUUCCCUGGCCACAAGGACAAUUGAUUAGCAUUAGCAUUUAGCAUCAUGGCAGCAUUCAACGAUGGAUGGGCCUUUCCUGUGGAAGCCAUCUUUACUGAGCAAAAACAAUAAGCUAUCUUUUAUAUAUUUGCCAAAUUACUUGAAAAUGUAGGAGAUGCUGUCAGCCAAAAUCACAAAACCCACACAGUGAAAUUGGGGACUUUUCUGUCCCUGUAUGCAAAAUGCAUCACUAUUGCUCAGGGGAGAGUGGGGUCUCUAUUACAACAUCAGGGCCUCGUCUUGAAUUAACUGCAACCUGGCUGUACACAAUUUCAUAAAUGUUUUAUGGACAUUUGUACAUGAACAACAGUCUUCUGAAGUAAGGAGAUGAAGCAACAGGAAUCAAUCCUGUGUUAUUGUCAGUUUCUUGAUGUCUUUUUGGGGGGGUUCACUUUAUUAAACUUUUUGUUUGUUUGUUUGUUUGUUCAGUUGUGCUCAACUAUUAGCACAAACCAUGAUAAAAUCCUAAUGUUCUGUGUUUCCCUACACUGCAUACAUCCUUGUAUGCAUGCAUGUAAAUGUACAUAUGCAUCAUGUGCAAUGCAUAUAUAUGUAUACAUCCUGCUAUACUUAUGAAAUUUAGUGUUAAUUCAGAUAUACCUUCCUAAGUCCAUGUGUUGAACAAAAUAAUGUAGUUAUUAAUUGGGCAGUUGGACAGACAUAGCAUACAGCAGGUGUGUCAAAAGAGACAUUACUGUAUGCAUUUAACUCUUGAUGCACACUACAUGCAUUUAAUAAAUGAAUAAAGCUGCACUGAUAACCAAUAAUGUGUUAAAACAAAAGCAGAGCAGAUUCAAUUUACUAUUUCACAUAUCUUUUGAUUAUAUGCUUGCAAAUUUGGUAAUUAGAGAAUAUUAAUCAAACAUCAUUGACAAGAAAAGAUAAGUUUAGAUGUAAGAACAUGCAAUGAUAUAAAUGAAAGUGUUUAUCUGUCCUAAUGUAGGUAAAAAGUCAAAUCUAGUACAAAAUACCGAUAUAAUAAAUGAAUGCAUAAUUUAAGCCAUUUGUCUGACACACCUGCUUUACUCUCAAAGAUUCCACAACCUAAAGCUUUUGUUUUCAUCAUAUUCAAUUGUCAAACUCAAAUUGUAUUUAAUGAUAUCCAGUACGCAAUGAAUUGGUAAACUGCCCCUACAAUACAUCUGAACCUUGUAAAUUAUUUCAGAGACAAUAUUUUUAUUGUCUCAAAAAUUGCUUUGCCUGUAUUCUUACACCUCUUUCACUAGAAAAAUAAACCAUAAAAUUAUUGUUUUUCCAGAUGACUGACACAGACAAAGAUACAAUUCCUUCCCAUUUACAACCAGUUGAGCUUCCUCAAACAAUACAGGUUUUGUUUACUACACCCAUCAUUAAAAUCAUCAAAUCCCGCUAUUUCCACAUUUUCCCACCUUGAGCAUAGCCUUCUUCCCUCACCUCCUUCUGCUUAUUACAUUUGAUCUUUUACUUCUUAUCUUAUAGUCAUAUGACUUCUCUACUAGAUGUUUGUGAGUAUUUUUCCUGUGUACUCCAUUUUGAAUUGUAAUCUAGUUUGUAUAAGAAAUGUUGCGCAUGUAAAUAAAGCUUGGUUGAGCUAUA